CCGACGCCCACUUCUCGUAUCCCAUUUCAAUUACUCUCGUGCCGUUCUUCAUUCUCUCCGUGCGUUUCACUCUCCACAAGUGCUCGUCAUCUCUCUUUGUACCCCACUCCCUCCAGAGGUUCUCUCUUUGCUCUCAUCCUUUCGUCUCUCUCUCUCUCUCUCUCUCUCGUCCCCUCCCCCUUUGAUUUUUGGUCUGCCGUCUCUUGCUCCUUGGGUUCGUGUCGCCUAUAAAUUUCCUCUCCGGAUUUUUAAUGGAACGACCGUAAGCUUCUCAAUCUCUCUUUUCUCCCCUCCUGCACUCCAGCAUUUCAGUUUCUCUCUCUAAAUUUUCAGCUCUCUCUCUUUCUCUCUCUCGUUCUCUGUUUUCAAUCUGUUCCAUUGUUUUUUUUUUUUUUUUUGCGUGUGCCAUAGCAAGUCCCUGGGCUUUUCUCGCUCAUCUCCACUCGGUUUCAGCCUCCAUACACCGCCGCGCGCUGCCACACUAUACGUUGAGGCACUUUGUGCACAGGUUUUGUUGCUAGAGCCUCCAUCUCUGUUCUGUACUGCUGCUGUUAUCACGCUGGUAAGCCCCUUUAUCUCGAUCUGUACAUCUCUCUCUGUCAUUUUUUUUUUUUCUCCUCUACAUGCUAUCUCGCUAACCUCUCGGGUUCUCCCUCUCACUGUAGCACUUCCCUUUUUAGAUUUAAGCCGUGACUAACUUAGGCCACCAGAGUCGACAUACAUCCCCGCCGCCAAAGUGUACCGCGUUUGAUAGCAUUCUUUCCGUCGUGUAUCACCCACUGUUCAAAUUCGGUUUUAACAUUACUGUUUUGUAUCACCGGGAUUUGAAAGAAGACUUAGACAGCCUCAUCUCGUUAUCGAAUUCGUUGUAUCACCGAAACAAAAUUUAGCUAAGGAAAUCCGAGCUUUAGUUUUGUGUUUAUACCGUUGUUACGUAACUUGUACAUUGGUAAUUGUUGGAAGAUGGUGCUGCCACUAGUUACAUGAUUGAACUGAUAACGGCUGUUUGGGUUAAUGUGUGGCUGUUUUGGGGUUUGACUUGCGGCUGGUUGGGCUGUUUGGUUGUUCGAUAUCGAUUUGUGGGCUUUGAUUGCUUGAGAUGUCGGUUUGUGCAUUGUUUGGUUGUAGGAUUAUGUCGGGAGUAAGUUGGUUGACUUGAAAAGGUGGUGGUUUGCUUGACGGGUAUAUGUGUGGAGAAUGGUUAAGGAAAAUUGAGGCGGCUGGGCUAAACUAUUGGUGUGUUGAGUGUUGGAAAUUGUGUUGUGUGAUUUUACAAAACGAGACACUAUGAUGAAGUAUUUGUAUAUGAACACUUCUAACAUUGUUGCUCUGAUAUUUUGAUAUUAUAUUUUGUUCUGCAUUUCUCUAACUAUUAUGUUUUGUUCUGCGUUCAGUAAAUGAGUCAUGUUUACACCCUAGUAUAUGUUCAGUGCCUACUGAAUUGUUGAUAACUCACCCAAUUAUCUCCACUAUAUUUUCUAAUGAUUUUGAUGGUUCAGUUGAAAAUCAAGAAUAGGAAGCACGUGCGGGAUUAAUUUAGUAUAUUGGAUUGAGUACUUUAAAAUGGGUUUGAAGGAGUUAAUGGACAGACCUAAUUUGGUAGAAGUGCUUACCUUGUAUUGGGACCAUGGCUUAAGGAGCCUUGCAGAGUUUCUGACUCAUCAGCAAAGUAUUAGGUUAGCAAGAGAUUUCAGCUGAUCUGAAAAAAUGGAGAGCUUCUAGUGGAUAUGCUUCCAGUGGGUUUGAAAAUGAGGAGUGCCACAACGAGGACCUAUUUUGUGGGCGCCAGACAAUAUGAAGAUUUGUCCCUUUUCUUUGAAAAUAUACAAUGUUUAUCAAGCUUUGGAUCUAAUCACCAAGUCUUGUCAGCUGUUCUUAAAUCCUCCGCUACUCUCUCAGCCAUCAAAUUUGGGAAAACUCUUCAUGGUUACAUUGUGAAGAAGGGCCAUCUUACCUGUCACGCUGUAUCUAAAGCUCUGCUUAACAUGUAUGCAAAAUGUGGCGUGCUUGAUGAUUGCCAGAGGCUGUUUAGUCAGAUUGGCAACUCUGAUCCCGUCACUUGGAACAUCAUCCUGUCUGGAUUUUCUGGGUCCCGAAUGUAUGAUGCGGAGGUGAUGAGAUUGUAUGAUGCCAUGCACAAAGGUGGUGAAGCUAAACCUAGCUCUAUCACUAUUGCUACCAUUCUUCCAGUGUGUGCACGGUUAUUAGAAAUCAAUACAGGGAAGUGUGUGCACUCUUAUGUGAUUAAAUCUGGACUGGACACAGAUACCCUUGUUGGGAAUGCACUGAUAUCGAUGUAUGCAAAAUGUGGGCUAGUCUGCGAUGACGCCUUUGCUGUGUUUAAUAGCAUGAAUAAAAAAGAUGUUGUUUCGUGGAAUGCAAUUAUUGCAGGAUUUGCUGAGAAUAAGUUAAUGAGCAAUGCAUUCAAAUGGUUCCAAUGGAUGUUGGAAGGACCAGUGGAACCAAAUUAUGCUACUAUUGCAAAUAUUCUUCCUGUUUGUGCUUCUUUAGAUGAGAAUGCUCCCUUCCAUUUAGGAAGAGAGAUACACUGUUAUGUGCAACGGCGAACAGAAUUGAUUUCAGAUGUUUCUGUCCGCAAUGCUUUGGUGAGCUUCUACUUAAGAGGUGGAUGGAUGAAAGAAGCAGUAUCCUUGUUCUGGGGCAUGACAUCAAGAGAUUUGGUUUCAUGGAAUGCCAUAAUUGCAGGUUAUGCAUCAAAUGGUGAGUGGUUGAAAGCUUUGGACGUGUUUCAUGAAUUACUCUCUGUAGAGAUGAUUCAGCCUGAUUCUAUAACUUUUGUGAGCAUUCUUCCUGCUUGUGCUUUCUUGCAGAAUUUGCUGGUGGGGAAAGAGAUUCAUGGGUAUAUUCUUCGACAUUCGUACCUGCGCGAGGAUACAGCAGUAGGUAAUGCCCUUAUUAGUUUCUAUGCAAAAUGCUAUCACAUAGAAGCUGCAUUUCAGACUUUUUUGAUGAUAUUUGGAAGAGAUUUGAUAUCGUGGAACUCUAUACUCAAUGCAUUUGUGGAUGGUGAAUAUGACACCAAGUUUCUGGGCCUAUUAAACUGGAUGCUUGGUGGAGGAAUUAGACCUGACUCCAUUACUAUCUUGACCAUACUUCGUUUUUGUGCUAAUCUUUUGAGAGUAGAGAAGGUUAAAGAAACUCAUAGCUAUUCCUUGAAGACUGGUUUGUUGCAAGGUGAUAUUGAACCUACUGUUGGAAAUGCGUUGCUUGAUUCAUAUGCCAAAUGUGGAAACAUUGAGUAUGCAUUCAAGAUUUUUCAAAGUUUUUCAGGGAAAAGGAAUUUGGUCACCUGCAAUGCAAUGAUCUCAGGUUACGUGAAUUGUAGAUCACAUGAUGAUGCAUAUAAGAUAUUUGACAGGAUGUCUGAAACAGAUCUCACUACCUGGAAUCUAAUGGUUCGAGUUUAUGCAGAGAAUGAUUGUCCUAGUGAAGCUCUCAAUCUGCUUCAGCAGUUACAAGCUCGAGGAAUGAAGCCUGAUACAGUGACAAUUAUGAGCUUCCUUCCUGUAUGCGCUCAAAUGGCCUCUGUCCACCAGCUGAACCAGUGCCAUGGAUAUGCACUUAGAGCUGGUUUUGAGGAUGCUCGCUUGAAAGGAGCUUUGUUAGAUGUAUAUGCAAAAUGUGGCGCUAUAAAGUCUGCUUAUAAGCUUUUUCAUUCAAGCACCCACAAGGAUUUGGUUAUGUUCACAGCUAUGGUUGGUGGGUAUGCCAUGCAUGGUAUGGGAGAGGAAGCACUUAGUAUUUUCUCUUAUAUGCUUGAGCUGGGUGUGAAGCCAGAUCAUGUCAUCAUCACUGCUGUGUUAUCUGCUUGCAGUCAUUCUGGUCUUGUAAGUGAAGGGUUGAAGGUGUUUUAUUCAAUAGAGAAGGUCCAUGGAUUCAAGCCAACCAUGGAACAGUAUGCUUGUGUGGUGGAUCUCCUUGCUCGUGGUGGCAGGUUAAAUGAUGCAUAUUCUUUUGUGGUUAGGAUGCCCAUUGAAGCUAAUGCAAAUGUGUGGGGGACACUUCUAGGUGCCUGUAGGACACAUCAUGAGGUAGAAUUGGGCCGUCUUGUGGCUGAUCGACUUUUUGAAAUUGAAGCUAACAAUAUCGGGAACUAUGUGGUUAUGUCAAACCUAUAUGCAGCAGAUGCUAGAUGGGAUGGGGUCAUAGAGGUAAGAAAGCUUAUGAGGACUAGAGAUCUGAAAAAGCCAGCAGGAUGCAGCUGGAUUGAAGUGGAGAGGAGGAAAAAUGUUUUUGUAGCUGGGGAUUCUACUCAUUCUCAAAGGUGCCUUAUAUACAGCACAUUGAGUACAUUGGAUCAACAGAUCAAGGAACAGGUUUAUUUUUAAUUUAAUCAAUGAGUUUACUUGUGUCAUAACUUGCAAGAAAGCACACGGACCUCCAUUGUGAAUGGUCUCUGUCUCCAAAUUGAAUGCAUAUAGCUUUUGGAGGCAGGCCAGUUGCUUUGGUUUACAGGUACACCAUCAUACUUGAGUUAUUCUACUCCAUUGAAGUAGACAUUUUUUGUUGUGAAAAGUGGCUUAGCUCCAUGUAUGGCCUAUGAAGAGUUGCCCAUAAUCUGAAAAUCAUAUAAGAAUUUACCAAACAGACAAGGUUGGAUCUCUAAUGACUGGAGAUAUAGCUGGUGGAUAGGUCGUUUCUGCACUUUCAGAUAAGGUGUGAUAAUGUAGCUGACGUUCUAUGCCAGAAGUUUGGGCUACAGAUGCAUCUGCUACCGAUUUAUAGGAGACUACUGUUGACUGAGAAGAUUGAGGCAUCCCUUGGCAGCUGGUGUCAGAUUGUCUGGGUAGUUGAAGCGGAAUCUGAACGUCAGGAGUCUCAGCUACCUUUCUACACAGAUAAGUACCAGGAGAUUGCUUAGGUGAGGACACGGACAUGGACUGAAUCUCCGGGGACAGAGAUAUGGAGCUCUUAGCCUUACUUUCCAAGACCGUGGGCUUCUUUUUCUCCCAAUGCUUUCUAGGACUUGUCUUCUGCAAUAGACCACUAGUUUCCACACUCUCAUGAGAACCACUUUCCAACAGUUGGUGGACAAUAUUUGAUGAACUCAUGUGUUGGAGCACAUUUAGUGAUGCAUCAGCCUUGGGAUCUAAACAGUCCACAGAACUGAAUAACUCUUGAACUCUUGCAAAUGCUUCCACCGGAAGGCCCUCCUCCUCAAAGCUUGAGAUAUCACCCGCUACUAUGGAAGCAACAGCAUCCAUCUCAGUGAAGAGAAUCUUCAUGCGAAUGAUAACCAAGGUGGUGGGAUUGGUGGUGUUGGUGUUGUUGACGAUGAACUGAUGGAUGGUUUCGGAGUCAGAUAAUACUGUUUCUUUGUUUUUUGCUACGAGCUGAGAUUAUUACCUACCAAGUCAUGGGGGUGGAGACCGCAUGACAUCACCCGCUGACAUGUGGACAAAGUUGACUUAUCUACACCAGACCACUAUAUUAUGUCUGAAUAUUUGGGAAUCAGUAAUCUUCCACUGUAAGUUUUGACCUUUCUUGGGUUAAUUGGUAGGGACAAACUGAUUAUAGUUGGUUUGGGCAAGGGCAACUUGCCUACUUACAUCCAACACCAGUUUUGCUAAAAAUACAUAGGCAUCAUCUUGCUAUGCAAUGGGAAGUAACUCUCACAGCCAUGAAAAUUUUGGUAAAAUUUCAUGACUUGUAUUGUUGGAUUGUCUGCAAAAAGUGCAAACCUUUUGGAUGUUACAGUUGAUCGUACUGUAGAAGUUAGCCAACAAAUACCAAUAAUAUGAACGGAGAUGAUGAAACCUUGACUAGGCAUGGUUUCAAAUCCUUAUUUUGCCUGGUACGAGGCAUGACCAAGGCCAAAUGCCACCUCUACUAUCGUUAGUUGGCAUUAUCCUUCAUGCCAUGCUUACACUCAUAGGCAAAGAGCUUUAUUAGGUUUUUCUUAGAGAAUCAUGUUCUUGUAAAAAGAAAAAGUUACUUAUUAGAUAUAGUAAGUACAUUAAAUCUAAGAGAAUCAUUUUAUUCUGUCA